AUGCGGCGGCAGGCGGGCAAGCCAGGGGCAGCGUGGCGGGGCAGCGGGGUGGUGGGCUUCGCCAGCAGGAUGCUGCUGCUGAGCCGCUCCGCUCUCCACCUCCCAGCCCUGUGGUGGUACCUGUUCCUCUCCGCCGAUGCCCAGGAGGUGGCCACGCUGACGGUGCAGUACCGGGUGUUCGAAGAGGUGCCGCCAGGAACGGUGAUAGGGACGCUGGCCGAGCACUUCGAGGGGGGCGGGAGCGGGGAAACAGCAGAUGCCUUCGGAGGCGGGGGGCUCAGCACGGCCGGGCGGGUGGACAGGGAGCAGCUGUGCCGGCACAGCGAUCCCUGCUGGGUCUCCUUCGACGUGCUGGCCGCCCGAAACCUGGCUCUGAUUCACGUGGAGGUUCAAGUGCUGGAUGUCAAUGACAACGCGCCGCGCUUCCCCACGCCCGAGCUGGAGCUGGAGAUGUCGGAGAGCACAUCCCUGCGGAUGCGGAUCCCGCUGGACCGAGCCCUGGACGCCGAUGCCGGCCCCAACGCCCGCUGCCGUUACGCCCUGUCCCCCAGCGAGCACUUUGCUCUGGAGGUUGUCUCCAGCUCCGAUGGGACGAGACACGCUGAGCUUGUCGUGGUUAAAGAAGUGGACCGGGAGCUGCACUCCUCCUUUGACCUCGUCCUGACUGCCACUGAUCAUGGGGAGCCACCAAAAUCAGGUACCGCUUUAAUCAAAGUCAUCGUCCUUGACUCCAAUGAUAACAGCCCCGUCUUUGCAGAAAGCUCUUUGAUGGUAGAGGUGCAGGAGGAUGCUUUGCCUGGGACCCUCCUUGUGACAGUCACAGCCACCGACCCCGACCAGGGCCCCAACGGGGAGAUCGAGUACAGCCUGAGCAAGCAUGCGUCCCCGGAGGUGCUCAGCACUUUCAGCGUUGAUGCCCGCACAGGCAGCAUCAUGCUGAAACAACCGCUGGACUACGAGGAAACCCACGCCUACGAGCUGGACGUGCAAGCCCGGGACCUGGGUGCCAACCCAAUCCCAGCGCACUGCAAGAUCCUGGUCAAGGUCCUGGAUGUCAAUGACAACGCUCCUGAUGUCCACAUCACCUGGGCUGCACGGGUGCCCGUGCUCUCCGAAGCCCUCCCCAAAGACAGCUUUGUGGCGCUGGUGACAGCCAGCGACCCUGAUUCGGGAAGCAACGGGCAAGUGCAUUGCUCCCUCAGCCAAGGGUAUGAGCACUUCAGGCUGAAGAGGACCAACAGCCACAGCUACGUGCUGAUGACCAACGCCGCGCUGGACCGGGAGCUGCGUGCCGAGUACAACCUGACACUGGUGGUGCGGGACCAGGGGAACCUCUCCUUGGCUGUGCUGAAGCACCUCACCAUCUGCAUCAGCGAUGUCAACGACAACAGCCCCUCCUUCGAGAAGGCCACCUAUGAGGUUGCCAUUGCUGAGAACAGCAAAGCACCUGCCUUCUUGCUCACUGUCCGUGCCACCGACCCCGACCUGGGUUUCAACGGGAAAAUCACCUACAGCAUCCUGGACUCCUCCGCUUCGGGUCUGGUUUCCGUCGACCCCACCACUGGGGAAGUUUUUGCCCUCCAAGCUUUUGAUUACGAGCAGGUGAGGAGCCUGGAGUUCCUGGUGACCGCGGAGGAUAGUGGUCACCCCAAACUGGCAUCCAACGUCUCCAUCAGGCUGGCUGUGCUCGACCAGAACGACAACGCACCCGUCAUCACCACGCCAGCACUGGUGGGAGGCACGGCCACGCUCUCUGUCCUGGUGAAUGCAGAGACAGGGUGCUUCUGGGUGGCUCCUGGCAACGGGAGCACUCAAGGGACUGCAGCAGUGACCAACGCAACACUCAUGUCGUGUGCUGGUGCUCCCUUCCUCUUCACCAUCGUGGCCAGGGAUGCGGACUCUGGCAUCAACGGAGCUCUCCGGUAUGAUCUGGUGGGUGGGGAUGACGUCGGGCUCUUCAUCCUGGACCCUCUCUUGGGCCAGGUCUUCCUCAACAGCAGAAGGCCCAGCAGCCGGGCCGGCAGCGAGCGGGAGCUGCUGGUCCGGGUGAGCGACGAGGGGGACACCCCCCUGCACACCCUGGCCCAGCUCCGCUUGGUUUUCCGGAAUCAUGGGGCGUUCUCCAAAAUCUCAGCCCAGGAUCCCAGGUGGCUAAACCCAUCCGUGGUGGUUGUUAUCUGCAUGGCAGCUCUCCUGGGCGGAUGCCUUCUCCUUUUGGCUUUAACCCUGUCCCUGCGUAAGAAGGAGAAGAAGGACGGCAUGGCCUACAACUGCAGGGAGGCAGAGGAUGCCCGCAGGCAGCAGCAGCUCAAGAAGCCGCACCGGCAGAUCCAGAAGACGGACAUCCACCUCAUCCCGCUGCUCCGGGGCCGGCCCCGGGACGCUGAGCCCCCCCAGCCCUGCCAGGAGGAUCUGCCUCCCCCUGUGCCGGUGGGGUCACCACAGGCUCCCCUCCAUCUCACUCCUACUCUCUACAGGACCCUGAGAAAUCAGAGGACCCAAAAAGACUUGGAUGAGCAGCAGGGGACCUUCAACCUGCCCAUCCUGCAGCGCCGGCCCUGUCAGCCCCAUAGGCCAAAAAAUUUGGUGAAAGAAACUGUGAGUCCCCCGGAUGCACCACCGCACUGCAAGAGCUUGCCCCAGCCCCACCAGCACAUCCUCAGGAGCCUGGUCCGGCUGUCGCUCGUGGCCCUGGCAGAGCAGAGCCCCACCGGGGAGCUCGCCAUGGAGUCGCCCCCAGUGCAGCAAAUCUCCCAGCUGCUCUCCCUGCUGCACCAGGGCCAGUUCCAGCCCAAAACAAACCACAGGGGAAACAAGUACACGGCCAAGAACGGCAGCAGGGCUGCGGGGCUGGACACCGACUGCCUGAGCACGAAGGACAGCGGGCACGGAGAGAGUGAGGCAGAGGACCGCGAUUCGGAGAGCGGGUUCGAGCUGUCCAUGCAGCAGCUGGUGGGAGAGGAGCUGGAGACGCUCCUGGAGCCGCAGGCAGAGCUGGCCCUCAAGAGGCUGACGGCCGCCGACCCGGCGUGGGUGGCGCGGCUCUCCUUGCCGCUCACCAGCAGCUACAAGGACAACGUCUUCUCCCCCAGCUCCCUGCAUUCACCACAGGACGAGGAAGCUGCGAGGCAGGAGAAACCAAGGACCUUCGAGACCUUCGGCAAAGGUGCUGGGGCUGACUCGAACGCUGCUGGGACGAGACUGGCCAGCACUUUCCUCUCAGAAAUGAGCACCCUCUUCGAGAUGAUUUUGUCCCAGAAGGUCCAAGUCCACAACGAAACAGGCGCGGGGCUUCUGCGGCAGCUGUCGGCACGGGGGAAGAGCCUCGGGCUGGAAGACGGCGCUCCGGUCCUGUAG